GGAACACUGUUUAGAGGCCAUAAGUGGGCGUGCUUGUGCUUUGUACCUUGUACUCUGCUUGUACCAUGUUUUGUUUGUGAUGUUUUGUGCUUUGUACUUGGACAAAGCCACCGAAAUGCACUUAAUCUAGAAAACAAGACACUCUUAAUAUUUACUCUGCUAUUUAUAAAUAAUAUAGAGAAAGUAUAUUAUAUUAUAUACUUUGUACUAUCUUUCUCUGUGAUAAAUAACACAAAAAAAGAACAAACUUUAAGAUAUAAUGAAUGCCCUUCGCGAUAUUUUAUCAAAUUUUAGUAUCUUUGCACCUUUAAGUUUAGCUGUAACAAUUCCAUGGAUCGUAUUUAAGAUACUUGGUAGAACUUGGCUAAAGAAGAGCUACAACACUUUGAAUGGGAAGGUAAUUGUUAUAACAGGAGCUAGUUCAGGAUUGGGAGAAGCACUGGCCCAUGAGUUUUAUCGCUAUGGUGCACAAGUAGUACUUUGUGCCAGAAGGAGACAAGAGUUAGAAAGAGUUCGAUCAGAUUUAUUACAUACACAUUGUAAAGAUACAACACAUCCCCCUAUUAUUAUUCCUUUAAACUUAAAUAAUUUUGACCAACUUAAAGAAUGUGUUGAGAAAAUACUUACAAUUACUUCUAGGAUUGACAUUUUAAUAAAUUGUGGAGGGAUAUCACAUAGAGGUACUGUAUGUGAUACAACAUUAGAUGUUUAUCAAAGAAUUAUGUCUGUAAAUUAUAUUGGCACUUUAGCCUUAACCAAAGCUGUUCUAUCAGAUAUGGUAAGAAAGAAAUCUGGACAUAUAGUAUUCAUUAGUUCUGUCCAAGGUUUAGUAGCACUGCCAGAAAGAUCUGCUUACAGUGCUUCAAAACAUGCAUUACAGGCAUUUGCUGACAGUUUAAGAGCAGAAAUAGCUUCAAAAGAUAUUUCAGUUACUGUCAUAAGUCCAGGCUAUAUUAAGACUAGUCUUUCGUUAAAUGCUUUAACAAGCAAUGGAGACCCUCAUGGAAUAAUGGAUGUUACUACAGAAUCUGGAUAUAGUCCUGAAUAUGCAGCAAAAAAAAUUGUAACAGCAGUAGUUCAAAAGAAAAAGGAAAUUAUAUUGAGCAGUUUGUUGCCUCGCUUAGCAGUUUUUAUCAGAAAAUAUUUACCAUUUCUUUACUUUUACAUUAUGAAUAAAAGAGCACAAAAAAAAACAAAUUUAACAUCUUAGUAAUUAGAUUUAUAAGUAAUUGUUUUUGUUUAUGGUUUUGUGUUAAAAUGGACAUUUUUAAAAUAGUAAUAAUACAUUAUUUAGAUGAGAGUUUUAAAAGUUGUAUCUAGUUCAAACGGGGUACAGUGUAUAGAUAUUUAAUUAGUAUUUUUAUAUUUGGGCCACUUUUCAUGUGAGGUGAUAUGUUCAAUGUUGAAGUUCUGAUAAAUGCUAUGUUGUUUAAAUAUUCUGAUCGUUCUGAUCUAUGUAAUAUUUUACCUAUUUUUUCAAUGCUUCUGAGUGAAUGAAAUACAUUGAUUCAAAUAAAUAGAAUCAAGAUGUUUGUUAAAAUAG